CUGCCUGUGGCAUGUGAUAUUAACCACACGCACUAAUCUCCUGAGCUCAGGGAACCGCCUGUCCAGCGCAGCCCAGCUCCUGGGAUUCCAGAGUGGGAACAAAGACCGAAUUCUGCGUCUGAGCCAGUCAACAGAUGGCAGGAAUUAGGAGUGAGACGAUGACCGUUUCUUUGGAUUGGAAAUCCCUGCGGCAGCAGCCGCUCAGGCUCCUGGGUAAGGGGGAAGGAAGAGUGGGAUUGUAAAGCCCCACCCUGCGGAGGUGCUGCCAUCUCGGCUUUGGAAUGAGGGGACGGAUGAACUGCCACCUGGCCAUUCUGCAGAGCUAGUUUAGGACCUGGGAAACUGAGCUCAGCAAUUGAACGCAUGGCAGACUCGGGAAAUGCUCCAGAUUCGUGUGAGGUGACCAGCAGUGGCCGCGAUGAGAGCAAUAGCCACGGGGUGGCGCCUCCCCUGCUGAUAAAAAUGAUCAACAAGUCCCGAUGGAAGAUGAUCUUAGGGCUGGUGUUCUUUCUGGUGAUGGCAUGGUACUAUAUAUCCCGCGAAGAAAGGUACAUACAUCUUUUUUCUUUCCCCGUGCAAGAUGUCCGAAUGACGUGUCCCCGAGGAGAGAUGGAAAAGAGAGCCACGCUGCUCAUAGGAAAUUACACACGGGAUCAUCCAAUGUUUUUACACCUAAAUGAUUACUUUUGGGUGAAGAACCGAUCGCCGUAUGAGCUGCCAUAUGGGACUAAAGGAAGCGAAGACAUUCUCCUCCGGGUGUUAGCAAUCACCAGCUACUCGGUGCCCGAAAGCAUCCAAAGCAUGAAGUGCCGAAGAUGUGCAGUGGUGGGGAACGGACACCAGCUCCGAAACAGCUCCAUGGGGGAAGCAAUCAACAAAUACGACGUGGUGAUCAGGUUGAACAACGCGCCGGUUCAUGGGUACGAGGCGGAUGUGGGCUCCAAAACCACCAUGCGCCUGUUUUACCCAGAGUCCGCGCACUUCGACCCCAGACGGGAAAACAACCCGGAUACUCUGCUGGUGCUGGUGCCGUUUAAACCCAUGGAUUUCCAAUGGCUGGAGAUGAUCCUCAAUGACAAGAAGCGAGUUCGCAAGGGAUUCUGGAAGCAGCCCCCUUUAAUCUGGGAUGCCAAUCCUGAGCAAGUGCGAAUUCUGAACCCUUACUUUAUGGAAAUUACUGCUGCUAAAUUGCUUAAUCUUUCCAUGAAGCAACCGCGGAAGAUUAAACAGAAACCAACGACGGGAUUAUUAGCCAUCACGUUGGCAUUGCACUUCUGUGACCUGGUACAUAUCGCAGGCUUUGGUUACCCCGAUUCUGCCAAUAAGAAACAGACUAUACAUUACUACGAGCAAAUCACACUAAAGUCAAUGGCCGCGUCGGAGCACAAUAUCUCGCACGAGGCAUUAGCAAUAAAAAGGAUGCUUGAAUUAGGUGUCCUCAAGAACCUUACGCACUUCUGAUGGGACAUGGACUAGAAUUUCCCUGCGUUGCCUUGGCCUCCGCCUUGGCUGCCUGUCACCCAGCGCGUCCCAACAUCCACCGGGCCGGAGAUACCACUGCUGCGCCGCAGGGCCCCGAAUGGGCUCCUUGCUUAUGGUGGGGGCUGGCUGCUGGGGACAGCGCUGGUCCUGGAGAAGGUAGACAGAGGGUAGAGGGCUGCGGAGUCCCCCUCGGCCAGGCUAACGUGGCUUUCGGCCGCAUCGUGUCAAGGCUCAGAAGCAGAGCAUUUGAAAUCCUUACAGUCGUGGGGUGGCUGGAUCCCUUUGCGGCGAAGCCAACGCUGACUUGCCGGCCUUCAGGGCGGUGCAGAGGGUGCCCCCGUGGGAUGGGCCCUCGUGGUUUGCUGGAGCACCCAUCUCUUUGGUCUGCCCGGUCCGCGUAGGGGACUGGGGCUGUUUGCCGCACUGUUGAACUGAACCCUGGACAGCGGAAGAAUAGUCAACUUCUUGCCAGAUCGGUUUGCUCUCUGUCUGAAUGAGGCAGCGGGGCUGGUUUGACACCCCCCUCAUUCCUCCCUGCCGGGGGGGCUGGCUCUGGGGGUGCGGCACAUGGGAAUGCUGCUGUAGGUGGAAGCUGUAAUGGUGUCCUUUUUUUAAACAUUUAUGUCGUGGGGGGGAAGGGUAUCAUGCUGAUGGGGUUUUAGACCGACCCCUCUUCUCCUCCCCCCCCCCCCCCAGUGCUGCUUCCCAGUGGGAAUGGGGCAGGGAGGCAGAGUGGUGGGAGCGUUAAAUUAUUCUUCACUGACAGAGCACAGCUGCCUUCGUUUCUUCCCACCCCUUCUGCCCGAGGCCUCCCCCUGCUCCCCUUCUCCACCAGAGCCCAAGCGUGCCCCCCCACCAACCGCAGCUGGAGGAGCCUCAGCCGAACCGCCCUGGCCCACCGGCUCGAGCUGAGCCCCCGCCGCCUUCAGGGAGAGGUGAAGCCCCGUCCAUGGGGCAGAGCGUGGGCAGGGCCCUGGCUUGGGUUAGGGGAGGCUUAGCUUCCCCAUGCCUAUGACACCCACCGCCCAUUGGGUACUACACAAACUGCCGGACUGCACCCUGCUCCCGGCCAACGUGUCUUGGCCCUAAACAUUCAGGGCUCAGACGGGAGGUGAGUCUCUAUAGCCCGCCCUGCAAGCCGUCUCCUCUCUGCUGAGAUUCCCAGCCGUCGGGCUCUGGGCACACCACCUGGGAGCUGGUCCUUUAGAUCCUGAAGCGGGGCAGGGGACAUAUAUGCUGCUAAAGCCCAGAUCUCUCACUGGGGUGGGGGAAAUAGGGGGAAAGGUUCUUUUUCAAGGUGCUGACCUGAAGGGGGUGGGACAGAGCAGAAAAGUCUCUCCUGAGCAGGCACUGCUGUGGCUCAAUGCUGGUUAAUUUAACGAACUAAUUUAAAUGAUUAUUUAUCUGAGAAGCGUCGGUGUCUGUUGCAGAACGAGUGUAAUGUUGUUUCCAUUGAAUUGCCCUGUGGGGGGCUGAGGAGCAGUGGGAUUGAAACUGUAUCAUCCUUCUGCUUUGCCUGAAGGAGGAGUGACCUUCGGGGAUACUCCCCCCUAACCCAGCCCCCUCUUAUCCGGCAUAGCGGCACAGGCUUGGGGUAGCAGCUUUGUGCCCCGGGUGUCUGUAGGGCUUUGACUUCAUCACUAAGUGUCUGACCCCACUGAAGGACUCCCGUUGACGUAGCGAGUGCUGGAUUGGGGCCCAAAGCUCUUCCUACCACUGCACCCCUUCUCCCUUGUAGCACAGUCUGGCGUGUGUAACAUGGUUGGUACCACUAGGGGGCAUGGCUAGGGAAUGAGCGUGUGUGUGUGUGUUGUGUCCAUCCCUGCUGCCCCCUGCUGGAGGGGUGUGUGUGUUGUGUCUGUCCUUGCUGCCCCCUGCAGGAGGGGUGUGUAUGUGUAUGUGUGUGUGUCCAUCCCUACUGGGUGUGGGUCUGUGUCCCUGUCCCUUCUGAAGGGGUGUGUGUGUGUGUCCCUGUCCCUGCUGGAGAGGGGUGUGUGUGUGUGUGUGUAUAUAUAUAUAUAUAUAUAUAUAUGUGUGUGUGUGUGUGUGUGUGUGUGUGUGUGUGUGUGUGUGUGUGUGUGUGUGUGUGUGUGUGUGUGUGUAUACAUACAUGUCCCAGGGCUGCUUGGUUCUCAGUACUCACAGCAGCCGGCUAUCACCCGCUGAGGGAAGCCAGGAAGCCCAGCCUGUCCAAUGGGCACAGUGCUGGAUGCCCAGUGUAUUGUGUGUCCUGCCCCCGCCUCCUCGGGAACCCCACCUACGGGCUCCUGCUCCGAGAGCCCCAGUCCAAGGGGCCAACGCAGAGGAGGUGGCUGAGCACUGGGUGUACUGGGGACAAGCAGGGGUAGGUGCGGGCUGAUGCAGGGACCAGGGUGAGAAGCAGGCUGGACACUGGGUAUUGCUAGGUGGGGAGAACAGCUCAGCCCUCCCUUGACCGUGGAAUGGCUGCGGAGUGAUUACGGCAGCCCAAUGGCUGUAGCUGCCCUCUGCAGGGCCAGUACUCCUCCGGCACUGUGGGCACUGUGUGGACACGUAUGAGGAUGGGCACAGGGCUUGCGGUCUCAGCAGAGCGUCCCCACUCUCAUUCCUGCACUACAUGCACUGCGGAUACUGCAGAGUGCUGCUGAAUCCCAUGCUCAGGCAGGCAAGGAAGGGGAUCCCCCCAGCUCCCUUUGUUGAGCUCUGAAGGGUGGCGGGAGAUUUCUCAGCUGCCUCUUUGGACUUGUCCCUGGUGUCUCGGUGGCCGGCACCAUGGCUGCUUGGUAUCUUGCGGUAAUGGCAGUGGUGGAACCCAUGUGCCCCUGCUCUGAAAGUGCAGGCCCCCACCUGCAUUUGCACAGGUUUCUUAGGUGGAGGGAGGUGUGGAAGGGGAGAGGGAGGUGUGGAAGGAAAUCACGAGAGACUACUUCUGCCCCUGCUCUCUGAGACCCAGGUACCACAGGAGCGAUGGCACAGUGUGGUCCUCCCUGGGUCUGGUGGAGCUGUUCCUGAACUUCAGCAAGAUGGGUUAUGCCUACGUGUCCAGACCUGACCCCCUGGGGGCGGAACAUUGAAAUAUUUACUGUACAGUAUGUGUCAACUCUAAACUCCGUCACGCUCACUGGUCUUUGGAAUGCUAGCCAUCUCAGAAUCCCAGUUUCCUCCGAAGAUGACUGAUGUAUUACACCAUGGUUCUAUUGUAAAGACUUUUUUUAAGAGUUUUUUUUAUAAAAGAAUUCUUGCUCCAAAGACUGUACAUAGGUAAAUCUGUGAGAUGUACUGAUUGUCCCUUACCGUCUAGAUUGUAUAUAUUGUAAAUCUAGAUUGCAGUUUAAAAAAAAAAAAUCUGGUGUGAAGAAUGAAACGUAUGCUUAAAAAAGGCAAAACAAAGGACUUCAUUUGUGGAUAAAACACUAAAAAAGG